AUGGGACUUUUCAGCAAGAAUAGCAUCUUUGAUAUAGAUAUUGAGACAGGCUGGUGGGAUGUCUCCAGGGUUAGAGCUCUCUUCAAUCCAAGAAUAGCUUCAGAUGUAAUGAAAAUCCUUCUCAGUCCAGGGCAACAUGAAGAUGUAUGGAUGUGGCGGCAUGAGAAAAAUGGGGCUUUUAGUGUUCAAAGUGGAUACAGAUUUUUCAAAAGUCUUACACAACAUGAUACUGCUGAGAGUUCAAAUGCCCAUGAAGAGCAGAAAAUGUGGAAAGCCAUUUGGAAAAUGAGGUUCCCCAAUAAAGUUAGAGUUUUUGCUUGGAGAGCUUGCAAGGAAAGCCUACCUUCGAAACAAAACCUGUUUAAGAGGAAAAUUAUAGAGUCCUUUAUGGAAGCAGUUGUGUCACUGUUAUACAGAGGGGAUCAAGGUUUACUUAGCAGAUUUUUCUUAAUUGCAUGGUCAUUCUGGUAUAGGCGCAACAAAUGGACCAUUGAGCACAGCUUACUGGACCCUUUGCAGGCUGCAAACUAUGCUAUUAGUUUGCAAAAACCUGUACUCCCAGCAUCUGCCGAACCACACUAUCCAAUGCAGAAACUGGGUUGUUGGCGAGCUCCUCCUCCUGGUUUUUGCAAGCUAAAUGUUUAUGCUGCAUUAUUUUUUAAUCUUCAAAAGGCUGGAGUAGGCGCUGUGCUUAGGGAUGAGAAAGGAAAUGUUCUGAUGGCUGUAAGUAAAUCUGAGCAUGAGCUUCAUGAACCAGCUUCUGUCGAGUUACUAGCCAUGUUACGAGGUCUGCAGUUUAGUUUGCAUUUAGGGAUUUCCAAAGUUGUGCUAGAGAGUGAUUGUUUACUCAUGGUGGAAGCUUUGGCUGCUUCUGAAGAUUCCUUAUCAAGCCAAGGUAAUCUACUAAAGGAGGGCAGUUUUCAGCAAAAUGAUCUCAGGUACAGUGGCUUCCUUUCUGGAUUUUCAGUAGGAGAUGCAAAUAGUGGAACAUUGGACAUAUCCCAUCUUCUAUUUCCAGAUGAUACCCUCAUUUCUGUGGCGCCAACCAGGGAUCCAAACUCUGAGGGCACUUUUAUUGUGUUUUGA